AUGUCGUUUGCUGCCCCUGACCUUGAAGCUUCUCCGGCGGCAUAUACCGACUUUCCGGAAUUCGAUUCGUUGUCCCAGACCAUCGACAAUAAUGUUUAUAACGUCAAUAAUAACCAACUUUCGGCGGCUCGAAAGUUAUUGACACAAUACGACGAAUUGUUGCAAGAAGAACCUUUAGACGGAGCCGUAAAAUCACACAAAAUCUCAUCCAAGAUCUCCAGUACUCUCAAGAAAACCACCGAAUCAUUCCAGAGAAUCAAUGAAACCACCAGCAAGCUCAAUACGUAUCUUAACGAAUGCGAACUGAACCACGAAGAUGACGACGCUUUAAAGUAUUUGCGACAAAAAGAGUCGCUCCUUAUAAGGCUCAUUAAACAGAGCCUCGAGCUGUUCCAACGCCUACAACUGAGGUUUGAGCAGCUCCAAAAAAAGGCUGUUGAGAAAUAUGGAAGGCCCGAACAAGUAGAUCAAAAGACUACAUCCGAACCCACUCCCAGCACCGAAUCACAGCAGAUACAAAUCACAUACGAACCAAUCAACGCCGAGGAGCUAGAGCAGCAAACGCUUUUGAUUCAGGAGAGAGAACGAGAAAUCCACCAAAUCAAUCAAGAUACUUCAUACAUUAACGAGAUAUUUUCCAACCUUCAAGAUAUCAUUCACGAACAGCAGUUUUCCAUCGAUAACAUUGAAAAUAAUGUUUACAACUUUAGCACGAAUGCUCGGGGAGCCCUGAACGAAUUGAGACAAGCUGAACGGUAUCAGAGACGUUCUAGUGGACGUAUGUUCUGCUGCUUGCUUAUAUUGUUGGGAGUGCUUGGCCUGAUUAUAUUGAUAGGGUUGAUAUUCUAA